UCAGCGGUCAAAAGAUCUUUAUCCUUCUUCGUAAUGACUAUUCUCAGACACGUCUUCCUUGCCAACUCUAUCGCUGAAGGAGGUUUGGCAGCACUCUUGCUCUUGGCUCCCCAAAAGGCAGUAGCUCAAUUGCUAGUCACACCAGCUAUCAUUGAACCUUACGUUGAGAACGUUGCUAGAUUGUAUGGAGCUUCCUUAGCAAGUGUUGUCGUCACCAGUUUGCUUCAAGUUGGUUUACCCGAUAUUCUUCCCGGCAAACGUAACGUCGCUCUUGGAAUGCUUGUUUACCAUGGUUUGGUUGCUAUUGGUGCCUUCCAUUUCAGAAGCCAAGAGACUGUUGCUCGGGCUUCAACUGCAUGGGGUGCCACUAUCCUUCAUACCGCAUUUUCUUUGGCGUUUUACGCCUACUGGAACGUUACUGGCCAACAAGUCAAGCAAUUUGCUAAGCAACAAAAGAAAGCUAAAUAAGUCCGUGACGAGAUAUGUUUAGGAUAGUAUGGGUUUUGACUUUUAUGUUGUAAUAAUAUGUAAAAAUAACAAAGAUCAUGUUGAAGAAGAUGCCGUACUGCUCUCUUACAUGGCUACGUCCUGAU